AUGGAGACUGUCAACAAAUACGUCAACGCUGCCUCGACUAUCAUCUGGGGUGAGGACAACUCCCCUCAAGCUCAACAGCAUGGCGAAGAACCCAUCUCCGGUGUCCAAGGCAGAGGACGUGCCACAGAUCCCUAUGAUGCCGGCAACCGCGAUGAGCAACCCGGCGCAAUCAAAUCAAACGCCAACACCGCACCCCAGCAUCCCAUCAUAGACAACAAGCCCCAAGACUCCGAGGUUACUAGCAUCACCACUCCCCACGCUCCAACCUCUAUCAGCGCUUGCACCAGCGUGACCCCGGCCCUGUCCAUCUCCGGCGACCCUACAGAAACCAGCGAAAGCAAAAGCAACAAGCCCAUCUCCAGCGGCUCUACAGAGUCCACCGAAAGCAAAUACGACAAUGACUCGAGCUCCAAUCAAGAACAGCGCAGUACCUCGCAGGCCGAAGGCGGCGAGAGCAGUGACGCUCCCCGUCCUGCACAUUCCCAUGAAGUGAGCAAGGAAGCGCUCAUGGGCCCGCAGGGUCCUGCACCGAGACCUGCUGAGGUCUUCGAGAAGGAGUAUAGAGGAAAGAAGCCCGCGGGUAAGGAGGAUUAUAUUGAGAAGAGUUCUUCGAGUGAAUCUAGCGAGAAGAGCAAUGAUUCGCCUUUGAGCAACAAGUCUGAGUCUUCUUCUCAUGGUAGUGGGAAGCAGGGUGCUAUGUCGAAGGUGAAGGAGACUGUCAAGAAGCAUAUCCAUCAUUCGAGCAAAUAA